AACACCCUCCGCCGCAGUCCCUUCCGAACACACGCCCCGGACGCGCCAAAUACCGCCAAUAUGGCCGCCGCCGAAGCCGAAGUCGCAGACGCGCUGUACAAUCUGCGCGUGAGCAUCAAAGCCAACGCAGCGCCCAUCCUGACGACGAGCGCAACACCCACACCCGCCGACACGGUGACGGACCUCGCUCAAGCAACGCACAUUUCAUUUAACACCGAGGAUGGCGCACACCGCAACUUUGCCCUCAGCACGCCGACGCGAUUCGCGCCCGAUGGCAAGGCCGUCGACCUGCGCAGCUGCUACUUUGCCUGGCUCAACAAAGACGCUUCCGUCACCGACUACUUUGCUGCGGUGCAGACGCUCAACGAAGAAUUGCCGGGAGGCGCUGGUGGCAGCUUGCAAAACCUAACGUUCGCGCAGAAGAUUGAGUUGAUUGCAUGGCUGAGCGGAGAGACGGAGAGCAGUGACAGCAUCGCUGCUGUAGAUGGAGGCGCCCUGAGCGCAGCUGCAGGAGACGCCGCAGCAAUCGCCGGCGGAAAAGGCGUCCCAGUUGAUGGAGGCAAGGGCAUCAAGGUGGGAAGCGGCAGCGGCAUGAUGGACGCGCGAUUACUCCAGAUAUACGAUGGAGAGAGAAAGAUGGGCGACCACAACACGGUGCUAAGGGGAUCCAAGAACGUCGACUUCUCGCCCUACCGCAAAAUCGCCGCUACAUUUCUGCGCGCCCGCUCUUCCGACCCCAAAGUCCCCGCGCCCCAGCCCGCGCUCGUCGCAAACUUGCAGAAGCGGCCGCGCCGCCUGCAACCCAUCAUCCUGCUGUCUCCCUCGGCCUCGUCGCUACUCCGCACUUCAAACGUGAAAACGUUCCUCUCCGACGGCGUCUUCGUACCGCCCAACACGACCGACUCGUCGUCGACGUCGGCGAGCGCAAAUAUGAUUCAGAUCCAGCGGACGCUGCCCUCGAUAUCGUCGCAGCCCCUGACCUUCAUCUGCGUCGACAGCACCUCGUCGUUCAAGCCCACCUACUGGACCCGUGUCGUCGCCAUCUUCACCACCGGCCAGCUCUGGCAGUUCAAGUCGUACAAGUACACGCAGCCUGCAGAGCUGUUUGCAAACUACCCGGGCAUCUACAUUGGGUGGAGUUCAGAAGAGCCUCCGGAGACGGUCAAGCAGCUUGGUCGUGGCGUGCUGCCUGUGGGCGUGGACAAGUGGACGGGCAGUGAGAAGGGCAGGUGGAGGGACAGGGAGGUGGUAGAGCGCAUCUGGGGCAAGAUUGAAGAUGGCAUGAGGAAGGCGGGCUGGACGAGAGAUGGACCGGGCUUGGCCGGGCAGCAGGUGCGGUAAUGAGACGAAUGUGUUGCUGCGACUUCAUUUUGCAAAUAUUGCAUAUGCAACAUUUUUCCGUAUUUCAUGGGCAGCAUGGGAUGAUAUAUGCCGUCGUCUUUUGGUGGGUGUUUGGGGCGUUGGUAACGUCAUGCGCGAAAAUAGCUAUGUUAAGGCAUGUUCUGAGAAAAGAAAAAAGUCAGCCUAAAUUGUAUACCAAUCGAGCGCUGCGACAUGGAGUUUUUUCUUCAAGAUAGAGAAUUU